CGCAAAUCUUGCAAAGCAAAGAGCAUCAGAGAACCUGUUGCUGAAAGCCUACAUCAGGUCAGAGGUCAGAGGCUGUCUGCACGCUGUCCUGAAGAUGGAACCUUGCGGAUGGAAAGGACGUUACAGGCUCCUGUGGGUUUUCGUCUUGCACUUUUCAGGUUAUGUGUGUGUCGAGGGGUCUGGCCACUGUAGUCUGUUUAGCCGGCAGCAUAUACACACAUUUGACGGUGUGAUUUAUGAGUUCCCUGGAGACUGUACCUACAUGCUGGCUGGAGACUGCAAAAAUAGAGGCUUUUCCAUACUGGGUGAUUUCUCACGAGGAAAGAGGAAAGGAGUGACUUUGUUUCUUAGAGAAUUCUUUGAGCUUCACCUCUCGGUUGAUGGAACGUUGUCCCAAGGAGCAGAAAGGCUCCCAUUACCGUAUGCUUCAAGCUCUGUGUUCGCAGGCUUUGAGUCAGGCUAUGUUCGAUUAUGGAGUGAAGAGUUCGGAUUCUCCAUCCGUAUAGAUCCCUCACAUAACAUUCAGCUAACGCUCACCAAAUAUCACAGCAACCGUACAUGCGGCCUGUGUGGCAACUACAAUUAUUUGCAGGAGGACGAGUACACGGCACAAGAAGGUUUCCUGACAGAGGACCCAUAUGACUUUGCAAACUCUUGGGCCAUGAACGGAGCAGACAAGCCCUGUAAACGCGUCUCACCCCCGUCUCAGAGCUGCAACAUCUCUGGAGAAUCAGCUAAAGAUCUGAUAUCACGGUGUGAGGCCAUGAGCAACUCUCCUCUCUUCCUGCGCUGUGGGCACCUCGUGGAUGCGACUGCAUUUGUGUCUGUGUGUGAAUCUGACGCCUGUCACUGCGGAACAGGAGAUGAGUGUGUGUGCCAGGCCUUGCUAGAAUAUGCCCGAACCUGCGCCAGCCGCGGAGUGAAGCUUUCCAACUGGCAUGUACAGAGCCAGUGCUCCCCUAAGUGUCCUGUUGGCAUGGAGUACAGUGACUGUACCCCGACCUGUUCUACUUCCUGUCAGAGUUUGAACAUACAGGAAGUUUGCAAGGAGGAAUGUGUUGACGGCUGCAACUGUCCAGUGGGUAAGGUGUUGGAUGGAGAUCGCUGUGUGGACGUCUCUCAGUGCUCCUGCAUGCACGCAGGACGUCGCUAUGCUCCGGGAUCCUCCAUUUCGCAAGACUGCAACACAUGUGUUUGUCGCCAUGGAUCCUGGGAAUGCACCAAUGAAGGUUGUCCAGGAGAGUGUCUGGUGACGGGACAGUCCCAUUUUAAGACCUUUGACAAUAAGUUCUUCACCUUCAGUGGUAUUUGUCAGUAUCUGCUGGCCAAAGACUGCCAAAGCAACUCUUUCUCUGCCUUCAUUGAAACUGCACAGUGUGCAGAUGAUCAAGAUGCUGUCUGCACGCGGUCCGUUUCUCUGAGGUUUCGCGACCUGGCCAAUCAGACGGUUCGCCUUAAGCACGGGGGUGUGGUCUCUGUGGAUGGAAUAGACGUGCAAACACCCUUAAUUAAUGGUGUGUUGAGAAUCCAGAAUACUGUGUUGUCAUCUUUGAGAUUGAGUUACGGAGAAGAUCUACAUCUGGACUGGGAUGGCAGAGGGCGUGUACUGCUCCGUCUAAGCCCUGCCUAUGCCGGGAAAACAUGCGGACUGUGUGGUAACUAUAAUGGUAACCAAGGAGAUGACUUCUUAACUGUGGGCGGGCUGGUGGAGACACGAGUCGAAGGAUUCGGCAAUGCCUGGAAGAUGAACGCAGACUGUGAUAAUGUUCAAUUGCAGCACCCCGAUCCCUGUCUCUUAAACCCCAAGAGAGUGCGUUUUGCAGAGGAGGCCUGUGCAGUGUUGCUCUCAUUGAAGUUUGAACCGUGUCAUUUUGAGGUGAACCCUGAUCCAUAUGUGAAGAACUGUCGCUAUGACGUCUGCUCCUGCACAGACGGACAGGAGUGCUUGUGUGAUUCUGUCCACAGCUACGCAGCCGCAUGCGCAGCUAAGGGAGUGCUGAUCAACUGGAGGGGUCACGGAUACUGUGAACUGACCUGUCCGGAUGACAAGGCAUACGAGGUGUGUGGAAACGUGUGUAAUCAGACGUGUCGGUCUCUAUCGCUGCCUGACAGCGGGUGUCGUGGGUCAUGUGAGGAAGGCUGCUUUUGUCCCAGAGGACUCUUCCUCAGUGACUCUGGGGAGUGUGUACGAGCUGAACAUUGCUCAUGCCACCAUAACGGCGAGAUCUUUGAGCCCAAUGACAUGAUUGGUGACCAUCACUCCAUCUGUGUCUGUGAGAAUGGAUCCAUGCAUUGCAGCUCUAGUGAAGCCACUGGAUCUACACUGUCAGAUCUCUUCUUUGAUGAACGUCCAUCUUCACGAGGGCGGCGCUCUAUCUCUUGCCCUCCUCCACUGCAGCGGUUCGAGUGUGACAGUGUGAGGGAUGCUGGGAUAGAGUGUGCUAAAACCUGUCAAAAUCUGGAUCUGGAGUGUGUGAGUCAAGGAUGUGUGUCUGGCUGUAUGUGCCCACCUGGGAUGGUUCGACAAAAAAAAGAAUGCAUUCCACAAGACCAGUGUCCUUGUUACCAUAACAACCGCCCAUAUGCCUCAGGGCAGAGCAUCAGUAUAGACUGCAAUACCUGUGUUUGUGAGAGUCACCGGUGGAAGUGUACGCAGCGUGUGUGUGACGGCGUGUGUCAUGCAAUAGGAGAUUCGCACUACAUCAGCUUUGAUGGACUGAAGUUCUUGUUUCCUGGACCCUGCCAAUAUGUGCUUGCACAGGAUUACUGUAGUGGACAGGAAGGUACGUUCAGGGUUCUGGUAGAGAACUCAGCUUGUGGGAUGGCAGGUUCCCGCUGCAGUAAAAGUAUCACAGUGUUUUACAUGGGAGGACUGAUCGUCAUGGAGCAAGGGGAGGUGAGGAUGAAGAGACCAGUGUUGAAAGAGACAGAAGUUGAGAUUGUGCGUUCUGGCCAGUAUUACAUUGUCCUGCUGGGAAAACACAUCUCUCUUACCUGGGAUACAGGAACCAGACUAUCAUUGCAGAUCAAUGGACAUUACAAGGGGAAAGUCUGUGGUCUUUGUGGAAAUUUUGAUGGCAGUCCAAAUAAUGAUUUGUUGAGCAGCAGUAAUCAGAUGGAGGUGGACUCUGCUGACUUUGGAAAUUCCUGGAAAGUCCGACCUAGCUGUGCUGAUGCUUUUCAGGUGACGUCUCAAUGUAGUACAGAUUUGGGGAAACUGGUGACAGUGGAGCAGUCCUGUCGAGUGCUCACCAGCACCCUCUUCAGGGAGUGCAAUAGUGUGGUGGACCCUGAGCCAUACUGGGAAAUCUGCACUCAUGACACCUGCUCGUGCCCGUCGGUCGGUGAUUGCGCGUGUUUCUGUAACACUAUUGCCGCGUACGCUCAUGAGUGCACUCAGAAGGGUAUCGUGGUGAACUGGAGGUCCAACGACUUGUGCCCACUGAGCUGUGAAGAUUUGAAUAAGGAUGCUGGAGUGGAGUGUGAAUGGAGAUAUAAUGCCUGUGGUAGCGCUUGUCCCGUAACCUGCCAGCACCCUGAACCGCUGAACUGCCCCGUCACAUGUGUGGAGGGAUGCCACGCUAUCUGCCCACCAGGGCAGAUUUUGGAUGAGGUGCUGAGGAAGUGUGUGGAACCGUCACAGUGUCAGGUGUGCAUGCAUGCCGGAGAAAGAAUCUCCCAUGGAAAACAGUUCAUCUUGAACCAUGAUGAUCCACAUCUCUGCCAGAUAUGUCACUGUGAGAACAACACGUUGACAUGCGAUCCAUGCCCCGUAACUGGCGUUGCAUCCACACUAUCCCCAACCACUAUUAGCAAUACGCCAACGCCCCUUCCGGUUUCCACGGCGAUGCCAGAGGAUGCCUGUGAUAGGGCAAUGGACUUGGCCUUCUUAGUGGAUGGCUCUUCUGCUCUGAGUGAGGAAGACUUCAACUCGGUCAAGCUCUUUAUCCUGAAGGUUGUCGAACGUUUCCGCAUGGGUUCCGCGCAUACUCGCGCCACGGUUCUGCUCUUUCACUCUGGCAUAAAAAGUUACGACAUGCAGGUGCAAAAGUGGAUCUUUAAGAAGAUGAUUCGUGAGUUGCGUUACAGUGGCGGAGAUGUGGCAUUCAUGGACGAGGCCAUAAAAUACCUAGCGGUCUACAUUUACGACAAGAAUAAGCGUGAGCACGCAGGGCGCGUCGCUUUCUUGCUAACGGCGAGCGCAAAUCCUCGGCCCAUGCGUAGCACCCAGCGCCUGCUGCGUAAAAAAGACAUCACUAUUCUGACUGUUGCCCUAGGGCCCGACGUCAACAUGGCGCAAGUGAAUGAGAUCACAAAGGCCACGCCCAGCAGUCGCGCUUAUGUCUUAAGCAGUGUCGCAGAACUAGACGAUAAAGCUCUGGCAAUCACAGACUACCUUUGUACCUUGGGGAUUGACCCUGAACCCCCGAAGAAAACCCCUACCAAAAAGCCCACUACGACCAGUACCAAAGCUACCACAACUACCCCAACUUCGAAACCCAACAGUGUCACGGUUCCCCCAACUGCUGCCAUUCUAGCUGCAUUACCCAGCAUUCACAGCCCUGUAACUAGUUUUCCUCCUAAAGAAACAACAUAUGAGGUUGUCUUUUUGUUGGAAAGCUCUGAUACAGUGGGUGAGGAAGGGUUCAAUAAGACACGAGAUGCUUUGGUAGAUGUUAUCGCCUCACUUGAUGAGACCGAGGUGGAAAAUCUUCGGAUCACGGUGAUGCAAUACUCGCUCACUGUGACCGUAGUAAUCAGCCGCAUGGAAUUGCGCUACAGGGAACAAGUGCUGCAUAGAAUGCGACAGUUGCGCUGGACAAGAGGGGCGGAGGUCAACACAGGCAAUGCCAUUCGUACUCUAUAUGAGUCAGACACUUCAGAGACGCCCAGCAGUUCUCCAGAUCAGAUGGUGUUUCUUAUAACGCAAAGCCCUCCUACUGACGUGAUUCAGAGACCUCCGAGCUCCAGCCACAAACGAGUGUAUCCGAUUGGGAUUGGCCAACAGAUUCAAUAUGAGGAUCUCGCACAGCUGGGUUUCCCAGAUGAACCCAUCUUGCUGGAUAAUCCUUCUGACCUUAGGAAGUUGCGCCCCAUGCUGAUCAAUAUCAGUAGAACAAUCAAUAGGCCUCUGCUGCCUACACUACCACCGAGAGCAACACUCCCCCCUUCAGUGCCAUGUUCUAAGCCCAUGGACGUGUUGUUCCUGCUAAGAGCCUCCUCGGAAAACCAGUUUGAAGACAUGAAAACAUUUGUUAGAACCUUCAUAAAGGGCACAGAUAUCAGUCGCAAUGAAACACAGGUGGCGGUUAUAGUAUAUGGGGCAAAAUCAGCCGUGGGGAUCUCAUGGAGAGAUGAGCAGAGUGAAGACAACCUUUUCAAGCUGCUGGAAAACAUACACAGAGAGACAGAUAACACACCAAGACUGGGAGCUGCUCUGCGAUUGGCUGUUCAGACCGCCAUUUCCUCCACCAGCGGGGGGCGGAUGGGCAUCCCUAAAGCUGUGGUUAUGCUGGUGACUGACAGGUCAAUAGACUCCGUGCAAGAAGCAGCAAAUGAGGCUCUGACUGCUGGUGUGUCUGUGUUUCCCAUCGGGCUGGGUAACCAGUAUGACCAAACUGAACUGAGCACGCUCGCUGGCCCACAUGGUCAGGACAACAUUAUUCGGCUCAGCAGCACAGAGUACCUGCUCGCCAUGGUUGUACUGGACAAAUCAUUCACCGACAAACUCUGUAGAACGGGUCCUCCUGGAGUGUGUGUGGAUGAUGAAGGAAAUGAACGGAAGCCCGGUGAGAUGUGGCUGUUGACGGACGGUUGUCACUCAGUGCUGUGCAAUCCACACGGGACGUUAACGGUGCAGAGCCACAGAAUCAACUGUGAGAAGAUGGAGCCUCCGGUCUGCAAAAACAACCUCCCGGCCCUCCGCCUCAACAACACCUGCGGCUGUUCCUGGGCCUGUCCCUGCAGUUGUAUGGGCAGCUCCACUAGUCACGUUGUGUCAUUUUCGGGAGCGGCUCUGAAGCUGACAUCCGCUUGCUCUUAUUUGCUGCUUCGCUCUGGAGGGGCGGAGCUAGUGUUGCAUACGGCUGCCUGUCAAAGCUCACCCAAUCAGAUUUGCAUGAAGAGCUUGGAGCUGAGAGAGGGCGGGACAAGUGUGGUGCUACAGAAUGAUAUGAAGGUGACUGUGGAUGGUGUGGUUACUGCUGUUCCAUUCAGAACUGGUGGAGUGACUGUGACACAGAUUGGAGCUAUUCUGCACCAAUUGAGAUCAAAGGAACAUGGGUUCAUGCUUACGUUCACUCCUCACAGCAAUGAGUUCAUGGUCAACAUGAACAUCACCAUGAAAACCAACACCACUGGCUUAUGUGGUUCCUGCUCUGAUGAUCAGUCCAGUCUGGUUCUAUCAGAUGGUUCAGUGACCACAGACCCUGACGUGUAUCUGCAGAGAUGGGCCCUGGGCGAGUGUGUCCAGCAUCAGGAGGUGCAGUCCUGUGCCGCAGGUGUUGCCAAGGGCUGUGAUGUGUUAAGUUCAGAGAUAUUCAGCCGCUGUCACGCGCUGGUGCCCCCGCAAGACUACAUGCAGAUCUGUCGGAGUGUGGCCUGUCAGCCUAAUGCGGUGUGUGAUCUCGUCACUGCGUACAGUAGUGUGUGCCGUCAACAGGGAGUGUGUGUGGACUGGAGGACACCCACCCUGUGCCCCAUGACAUGUUCCGACUCCCUGGAAUACGCUGCCUGUCGAACCGGUUGUUUGGAACAGUGCGAGCCGGGCCAGUUUUAUCCUGGAGACGUGGUUACUAGGGGUGAUUCUUUAAUCAGUAGUAAUGGAUAUCAGUGCUUGACCACACCCACAGAGGGCUGUUUCUGUCCAGAAGGGUUAGUGUUAAUGGGAGAUAAGUGUGUGAGCAGAGAGGCCUGCAGCCAGUGUGUGGACCACCACAGGAAAACCCACCAGUUUAUGGAGAGCUGGAAUCCUGAGGACAACCCCUGUCUGCUGUGUGUGUGUCUUGAUCGACAGCGCAUUAACUGCACAGCUUUACCCUGCACCAAUGCUAAAGCCCCAGAGUGUGGACAAUGUGAGGUUCUCCAGGAGAAGACGGAAUCCAAGUGCUGCCCUGAAUAUGAGUGUGUCUGUGACACAGUGAACUGUAAGCUGUCAAAUCCCCCUCACUGUGAUCAUGGGCUCAGUGUCGUCCUCACAAACCCUGGAGAAUGUCUGCCAGUUUAUGAAUGUGUUUGUAAAAAGGAUCAGUGCCCCAUGACGGUCAAACCGUCAUGCCCUGCAUACAAGAAGCUGUCAAUCAAACAGACAGAGUGCUGUGAUUCGUACGAGUGUGUGUGCGUCUGUCAAAAUGUCACACGCACCUGCCCACCAGGUUACAUCACACAGACAACCACCAAUGAUUGUGACUGCACAGAGGUCACCUGUACGCCUGAUAAGGUGUGUGUGGUGGAUGCUGUGGUGUAUCAAGUGGGCAGCAAGUGGGAAGAGAAGUGUAAAACCUGCACCUGCACACAGCAAACGGACAGACAGACCGGUCUUCACAUCGCUCAGUGUGUUGACCCCGUCUGCAACCAGAUCUGUCCUCUGGGAACCAUAUACUCUCAUUCAGAGGGCGAGUGCUGUGGUCACUGUCGUAAGUCCAGUUGCCUGGAAGGAGGGCAUUUGAGACAGAUAGGAGAGCAGUGGGUGACGCCGCACGACAGAUGUAUGUGGAGUGAAUGUGUGCAGGUGAAUGAGGAAGUGUUUAUUCAGCAUUCAAACGUGUCCUGCCACCUCAUGGACACACCAACCUGUCCAUUGGGCACAGAGCUCCAAUGCAAUACAGCUGAUGACUGCUGCCCGACCUGUCACUGCGUUCAAAUGGAUGCCUGCGUGCUGAAUCAAACUGUUAUUGCGGCUGGCGAGCGAGUGAUGUUGGAUGUGUGCACACACUGUGAGUGUGUGAGAGAUAAGAGGAGUUAUCGGCUCUCUUGCAGAAAGAUGGGCUGCUCCCCCUGCUCAGAGGGCUAUACGUUGGAGCCUUUACCUGAUGCUUGCUGCGGCCGAUGCGUAGCAACAGCCUGCAGCAUCCGACGACCUGACGGACAGUUGAUCUCUCUGAAAGCAAAUACAACCAGUACAGAUGGCUGCACUAAACACACAUGCAGUGUGAAUAACAAAGAAGAACUGGUGCUGGAGACUCUAAUUACAACAUGCCCUCCGUUUGACCGCAAUCGCUGUCUGGAGCAUGGGGGUAAAAUAAGUCGGAUUGGAGACACUUGCUGUGAGAUGUGUACUGAGCCCGAGUGUAGGAGGAGUGUGGGUCUGCUGGAUUACAUCAGAGUGACCGACUGCCAAUCGGAAGAAAAGAUACAACUCACUUAUUGCGAGGGGAAGUGUACCAGUAAGUCGAUGUAUUCUCUGGAAAAGCACAAGGUGGAGAGCCAGUGUGUGUGUUGCUCGUCUACUGGCACCGUGCCAAUGAAUGUUUCUCUGCGCUGCACUAACGGCACACAAACACACCACCAGGUCCUCGAAGUCACCGGCUGUGACUGUAUGUCACACACCUGUCCCACUGACUGAGCACACACACACACACACACACACACACACACACACACACACACAUAUACACAUUCACCUGAUAAACUGCUAUAACACAUUUUUAUGUAGUCUAUGCCUCCAGCGCAUGUAGAGAACUCAUUCUGUUUCAAUGUUGAUCAAACAUUUUUCAUGGAUCCUCGGGCACUUUUAGCACUGUGGACUUGCAGAAAGUCUUGUUAAAACAUUUUUCACACUCAGUAUAUUUGUUUUAUUUGUCUACUAAUAAUGUCCAACAGUGUACGUACAUGCAUCACUGGAGAUUUAUGUCAUUUUUGUCAUGAAAAUUCCCACCACAGUGUCAUUUCCAGCAUAUCUCAAAUUCUGUAUUGUGUUUAAUAGAAUUGUAAGUGCAAAUAAAAAUCAUUGGAAGUGAUAUGGCUUCGGAACAACAUGAGGGUGAAUAAAUGAUGACAGAAUUUUAUUUUAGGGUGAACUAUUCCCUUCAAAACAGUAAACAGGAUUGAGUUCAUACUGACUUUAAUCAAUAAACUCAUUAUAAUCUCAUAUUACUGCACUGCAUUGCCACUGGAUCAUUUUUCUAUGCAAAUAUAUUCUUGUCAAUAAAGCACUUUAUGUUUGGUAGUC